AUGAAACCUACAACGCCGUUUCGUUCGAACGGGUCGCAAGACUACAAGCCAUGCAGACGUUCGCCGUUAUCUGACGACGAGGUGGACUUGUUCUCUAACACUGAGCGGAAACGUAAGCGUAGUAGAGACUUAGCGUUGGCUAGUCAAGACUGCGUUCCACAACGGAAAUUUGAACAUAUACAGAAACGACAACACUUUGAACAGGAAGAUGCGAGCGAAAACAGCAGCGACGACGAAGAUUAUACACAGAUAACGAGUGUUCCCCCGGAACUCCUCAAUAGACUGAAAUCGUUCCCAUUAUUUAAGAAUGCUCCGAAAUCGUUUCUGACCGCUCUUGGACGCUCGCUCCAGCCCAUCCAGUACAACCCGCAAGAGUAUAUUGUAAAGGCGGGCGAACAGGCAAAGUCCAUGUACUGGAUUUUGAGGGGAACAGUCGGAGUGACGUCUACAGACGGCGAGGCGUUAUACGCGGAGCUUGCGGCUGGCUCGUUCUUUGGAGAGAUCGGUAUCCUGUUCAACAGGCCGAGAACAGCAACAGUUGUUGCUCGAACAAAAGUGCUUCUGGGCGUGCUGACCAAAGAUGCCUUAAGCGGAGUUCUUUCGGACUAUCCUACAAUCGAACGUUUGAUCAGAGAUGAGGGCCAAGAACGUUUGUCGAUGCAACAGAAACGGAAAAGAGUUCCAAACGUGCCCACCAAUCUCAUGUUCCAACGCUGGGAACCGCCUUCCAUUUUGUCCAGAUACAGUGCCGACUCGCUCACGGCACUGGCCAACGAUCAAGUUCCAGGACCGUCUCUUCCGCCUACAACAGAAACCGCUAUGCCAUUAUUCUCAAACACCAACCCAUUCGACACAAACAGCGCAUAUAUCGGACAUGUGGCGUCUGCUCCGUUGGGAAAUAUCGACAACUCCAUUUCCGUCAGAGAAUUUCUGAGUAGCUUGCCACUAUUCCAGUCUCUUCCAAACGAGGUGUUCCAUGACCUGGCGCUCAAGGUCGAGAUCAAAGACUUCAAGACUAUGGAGUACAUCUUCAGGAAAGGAGAUUCCGGAAGAGACAUCUAUUUUGUUGUCCAUGGCGAGGUUGAAGUGUUGGACCCUGAAAUAUCCAACUGUAUCUUUGCGCGGCUUGGGAGCGGUAAGUAUUUUGGAGAAAUGGCGUUUCUUUCUUCACUCAGUGACAACCACGAUAAACUGCUUGCAGAAACCAGGUCGGCCGACAUUCGCGCGGUUUCGGACUCGGAGGUACUUAUUGUCAAGGGAAACGUUUUAGAAUAUCUGUGCAACAGAUAUCCAGCCGUUUCUGAAGAUAUGAAAAUUACAGCUGGCGAACGGCUGAAGAGCAACGACUCCUUCGGAGACCUCAUACAAUCUACAAAUAUCACGCCACAAGACAGAAUGGUGUCGUCCAUGCUCAUUUCAGACCACGACCAAAGACCCACGUUUAAAAACAUAGCCUGGACAGGGCAGAACAGCGACCUCGACUCCGAAUAUUCAAUGAGCUCUCCAGCAUAUACACCGGGUAUCUCAACAGAGUCGGUAACCACGUUUGAUCCUGUCGACAACUUUGCAAAGCCUGUUCUACCACCAAUUGACUCUGUCAAACGGCCAGUUGAAAAACCAAGUAUCCAGCUCAACGAGCCUGCUCCGAAUCCCGGAGUUGGAUCGCUCUACUCGUUCAGAAGCACACAUCGCUCGCAAUUCACAUAUACCCCUCACGACCAUCGUUUACGUUUACAGAGCAUCAACAACGGCCGUCGCAGAUCGUCUGUUUUGUCGUCCGGUCCGCUUCCGGACUCCAUUUUCUUGAAGAUAUUUGCGCUUCUAGACCUGCCUCAUCUCAUGAGAUUAUCUGUGGUGUGCAAGAAAUGGAAGCAACUACUAUAUCUUGGACCUGACCUCAUGAAGACGUUAGACCUUACUCCAUGGAAACGGGAUCUUGACGAUAGUAGUUUGAUCCAGAUCACGAAUUUCGUCGGUCCUCGUCCAAACAUCAUCAACAUUACCGGCUGUUUCCAUAUCACCGACGCAGGAUUCACCUACAUGAUCAACGAGAUCGGAAUUAGAGGCUGUAUCAAAAAGCUUUAUAUGGGCGACCAUUGGAACAUAUCCGCGAUGGCAAUCAUGGAUCUCAGUAUUGUUGCUCGGGAGAUCGAUACAAUCGACUUUUCAAAUUGUCCAAAGGUGAGGGACGAUGUGAUUGAAAGGCUGAUUUCUCCUAGAGACUCCAAGUACGGCUGUCCCAAUCUGCAAGAGAUGGAUUUGUCAUACUGUAAAUAUCUCACCGACAAGACCAUGUUGCAGAUUGCAAAUAACACUGGCGGCAAGAUCACAUCUUUGAAUCUCACUAGAUGUACUACUAUCACCGACAACGGCUUUGUCUUUUGGACGUCAAACCAGUUCCCAUUUAUGAAGAAAUUGGUUUUGAAAGACUGCACAUUUCUUUCUGACCUGGCUAUUUCUCGUGUUGUUCUAGCAUGCCCAAACUUGGAAGUCCUAGAUCUGACAUUUUGCUGUGUCUUGACGGAUAAUGCACUGGCAUUGAUUUAUCUGUACUGCAAAAUGCUAAAGUCGUUGAACUUGUCGUUCUGCGGCUCUGCAGUCAGCGACAAUUCUUUGGCUUCCAUUUCCAAAUUGGCCUAUCUUGAAGAUCUCCAAAUCACUGGGUGCAUUCGUGUUUCCCGUCAAGGAGUCGACCAAUUGCUAUCGAAUCUUCCAAAUCUCAAAUAUUUGGAAUUGAGCCAAUGUCCAAGAAUCAACACGUACCAGGGGAACCCAGUGGAACCAUUUGAGAAAAAACCAGGCACAAGAAGCGCAUUCUUGAAAGUUUCUCCUCACAGCAGAAUAGUCCAGGUUGUCUUAUAA